AUGGCGACCGCCCGUAAACGCCCACGGGCAGACUUAGAGGAGAGCCAAGCCGAAUGUCCUUUUAGUGUUUGUCAUCCCGACCCGAACGGAAAAGAAAAGAACGCGAAGCGCCGGCGGCAAGAAUCCGAGGAGCACCCACAACCUAAGAUAUUGCUUCAACCUAGUCCCUUUGCAUUCUCGGGCGAGUUCAAGGAUCCCAACAAUACCAUGGAUAGGCAUUAUCAAGUUCAGCCCUAUCAGAAAUGGAUGGAUAUGACGCGCUACAAUAGCUUCGUCCUCAACGGUGUUAAGUAUUUUAGCGAAGGCUUCAUAUAUGUUGCCAACAAUUCGACAAUCGAACGGCAGAAGAAUCCCGGCGAAGCCUCACAACCUCGAAAAAAGUCCGAUGACGAUUGGGUUGCGAGGAUCCUCGAGAUCCGAGCGAGCGACGAGCAUCACGUCUACGCGCGAGUCUAUUGGAUGUAUUGGCCAGAUGAAUUGCCGCCGGGCACACACGAUGGGAAGAGAUGCAUUACAGGAAGACAAUGGUAUCAUGGCGCAAAUGAGUUGAUCGCGUCCAAUCAUAUGGACGUCAUUAAUGUGGUCAGCGUUACUGCCGCAGCAACUGUUAAUCAAUGGGACGAGAAUAACGAGGACGAGGUACAGGCAGCCCUUUAUUGGCGUCAGGCUUUCGAUGUUCGCAGCUUGGAACUUUCUUCCGCCGAACUGCGCUGUAAAUGUAAUCGUCCCGAAAACCCAGACAAGAGUCUAAUCGGCUGUUCGAACGAUAAUUGUAAGAAAUGGCUUCACGAUGAGUGUUUGAUUCAUGACGCGCUUUUGAAGACGUAUGAUCGCCUAGGCAUCGACAAACCCUAUAUGCCUACGCCGGUGAAGAAAGAGGAAGCUGAGCAAAGUGCCAAACGACCACUAAGUCCUAGCGAGACAGGCGCAGCGCAAACAGCUGAACAGUCGAUCGACGUAAAGGCGGAGGAUCGCACAGAGACUUUCAAAUUCGCCGACGUCGAGAGUCCCGCCAACGACUCGAAGAAGACAAAUGGCAUUGUUAAGACCGAAAAUAAGAAAAGAGGACGACCACGGAAAUCAGAGUCUAGCGACCCGACUUCAGUGAAACCGUAUGAAGGAUUAUUUAAAGCUACGCUCAUUGAAGACGACCCAAACGCACCAGUUCUCGAAAUCACAGACCUUCGAAAAAAGGCCAUGGGCGGGGACAAGUCGUGGACCGAGCCACUUCACUGCCUUGUCUGUAACCAUGAGAUCAAGUAA